UCGCUGCCAAGAGAUGUCAGACAAAUCGAUAAGGUGCGUAGCAGAAAACAUUUGGCGUCACGCAUAUUGAACAUGGCGCCGUACUGUGGCAGGUGAUAAGUCCAGUAAAAUUGGGUCACGUUUGCGUUUUAACCUCAGACAUUUUAUCAUCUUACGGCUCCCAGUGCAAAGUACCAAGACUGCUUGGUUCAUAUUGUGGGUUUGUCGCUUCAUUGGCGAGGCGCAUACUCUGGCGCUUAGGAAGAAUGGGGCAAACGCUAUCGGAGCCGAUAACAGCUAAGGAGACGGCAUGUGUGGAAAACGGCCGAUUCAAAGUCGGUUCAUCCUCGAUGCAGGGAUGGCGAGUUACAAUGGAAGACGCCCACACUCAUAUUUUAUCCCUUCCCGAUGACCCUUCUACUGCAUUUUUUGGAGUGUAUGAUGGACACGGGGCUGAGCUGGCAUCUGAGACCUCCAUAAUAUUCUUCCCUGAUUAUCCAACAGGAGCAAAAAUAGCCAUGUAUGCAGGAAAACAUCUGCACAAGUACAUCAUCUCCAGGUCAGAGUAUAAGCGCAGGAGCAUAGAAGAAUCUAUUAAGCAGGGUUUCCUGGACUGUGAUCAGGCAAUGACACAAGAUGCUAAUCUCAAAGAUGAUGGAUGUGGAACCACAGCAGUCACAGUGCUUAUACAAGGCAAUACACUCUACUGUGGAAAUGUUGGAGAUUCAAGAGCUGUUGCCAGUAUCAAUGGGAGGGCAGAAGAUCUGUCUGUUGAUCACAAGCCCAACAAUGAUAUGGAAUUCAGAAGGAUUACAGCUGCUGGAGGAUUUGUUGAACUAAAUAGGGUCAAUGGAAAUCUGGCUCUUUCAAGGGCAUUAGGUGAUUAUGCAUACAAGAGAAGUGAAGGUAAACCUCCUGAGCAACAAAUAGUUACAGAAAUGUCCUGUAUCCUCUCCAUAGCAUUACCAGACGUGGUGGUCAGAGAAGUUACAGGAGAUUGGGAAUUCAUCAUUCUGGCCUGUGAUGGAAUCUGGGAUGUACUCACUAGUCAGGAGACAGUGAACUUUGUGCGAAGGAAGAUUGGUCUGGGUUUGGAGCCAGAGGAGGUGUGCGAAGCCCUGCUAGACAGGUGUCUGGCCCCAGACUGUCAAAUGGGUGGAAUUGGCUGUGACAACAUGACAGCUGUGCUAGUCUGCUUCCUUCAUGGUGGAAAAUAUGAUAAUCUGGUACGCAAAUGCGCUGGGAUCCGCCUUGCCAAAACUGAGGAAGUGAAGAGUACAAAUCACAUGAGCAUUAAUCCUAACAAUAGUAACCCUGGCUCUCCAACCUCACCGUCACCAUCAUCGUCAAGUGGACAAGCUUCUCCCCCCUCACCUGAUUCAGCUGCCUACCCUUCACCUCCUCAUUGAUAGAACCUUGUUCCCUGUGGCUGUGAUACUCUCUUUCCUCCCCUUUUGUCUCAUCAAUAUAAGAUGACUUGUUUCCAAUGCCCAUUAUGAGGAAACUCAUCUGGAGUGUUCCUUGCUGUCCUGCCAGUCACCUACUUCAUUCCCAGUCAGUCCAAUUUGCAAAAGCGUUAGGAUAUUAUAUGAACAAAAAGCAUACUUUUUAUCAUUAGGAGAGAAUACAUGAGCUAUUUUGUUUGCUUGCAUUCUGCAGUAGUGAUGAGAAUAACUGUCACAGUCCUAGAAUAAAGAGGACUAAUGCCAGAGA